UUUCAUUCUUCACGUUUCCGUUUCUAGGGAAAAAUUAUAUAAUCGAUGCCCUGACGUCGUGACUCUUAUUAUAGGGACUUUGGGUCAAUCAGGUAUGAUUAAUCGCGUAAAGAUAUUUUUAUGAUUCUUAUUUACAUUUUGUUAGCGAGACAAAUAUUUCGCUCGAGAGUAGAACGUAAAUGGUAUUUCUAAAUGGAUAGAUAUCCAUAAAGAGAAGGAAAGUUAAUCGCACGAUUUUCAAAUACUCAUUCGUUCUGUGAAGAGAUGUCGGAGAAUAUGGAACGGGAAAAGAACCAGAGGUUAAGAUUGACGGAAGAGAUUGAAGAAGAAAAAAUGAAACACGAGCUUACGGAUGUUGGGAUAUAUGAGGCAGGGAUGUCUUAUCUGGAAAUGAAAUCACUUCUCGAAGUUAUCAAUGAGUCUAAACAUCCAUCAAGUGCUUCCAAUAACAAAAAUAUACAGAAGGAGUCACAUUCCGAUAAAGAAUGCCUGUCGGAAAUCUCAUCUGAUACAAAUGGAUCGCAGCAAGCGGCUUCGCAAGAAGCCAAUACGGAAAUGCCCAGACCAUCGUACUCGUAUAGGCUGAAUCAUACAUCUCCGAUGCACGAACAUAAAACUCGCUAUUCCAACAGUCCAGAAUCACCAUCCUCUUUUGAAAUACGGAAUAAGCGCAAGAACUCAGAUGACAGCGAUGAGAUAUUCGAGACACAAUUAUCCGAAAACGUCAAUUCCACGCACAGUACAAAUCGAUUCUCUCACUUAGCAAGAUCGGGAAGCGCCUUACGCGAAUGCCAGAACGCAACGGAGAAAAGAACAGCGCAGGAUACGCAGCUUGAGUCGUUGGAGAGGAAAUUGGAGAGAUGGCGACUGAACCCGCUCAACGUCAGUAUCAACGAAAAAGAUGUGCCUUUGCGACAACCGAACCGGCCUCAGGCUCAGGAACGCGUGCCAUUCAGGUACUGUAGAGAGGCGCGUACAGCCGAGCAGCGUGACCAAGUGAUGCAGGCUGUGAGCCAGCAUUUGAAGGAAAUGGCGGAAUUGUGGUACACUUGGCAGCCUGCUACCUAUUCGAUAUUUCAAUGGGGGUCACCCAUCCAGGUCGGCACUGCUAACGGUAGCUUGGACAGAAAGCCAUUAACAGAUCCGAAGGCUGAACAGAUCAAAGCAGAAUGUACAUACAGAAAUAAUUAUGAACGGGCUUGUAAACGCAAAGCAAGCACUCUCAUCGCUCAAUUGAAUAAAAAGAGUUCCACCGAGGAUGAAAGUGACGAUGAAUCUAACUUUUUUCGUACUAAGAAAAAAAAAAACCAAUGUAGUGGCAAUAAAGUGAGUAACGCGGAGCGUGCUGCGAAUCAGCACGCACAUACUACCAGCCAUGAACAAGCAAUGAGUGUGAUCUCGCAUCAAGGACCCUCUAACGGCGACAAUAACGAUCCUAAAAAUACGCAUCGUAAAAGAAAGACUGCUGAAGAGAAAGAAAGAUUGUCGCCUGAGUUAGACACGUAUCCUCGAAGGAUAGUACCUCCCAUUCCUAAAGCGCGUUUAAGUUUAUCCAGACAUAGAAAAGAAAACGCUGUAUCAAAAUUGUCUCAGCAACAAACCCAAAUUACCGAUAAAAUUGCCGAACAGACCAAAAGUCAACAGAAGAAGGCAAUCGGGUGUGAAGAAAUCCGUAAGAAACUGGAAGAAGACUGGCAUAGCAGCGAGGAAGAUUCCGCGGCGGCGAAGGACGUGGAGAAUCGGCCUUUGCCGAUACCGGCCAAUGUACAAUCGAAAUUACAAGCACGAUUGAACAAGACAGAAACGAGCGUGUCGCUUAACGCGAGGAUAGCGGAAAAGAACGAUCGCGCACAAGGCAAGGAAAUGGGUUUGAAGUUCUAUGAGCAACAAAAGAAGAAAGAGAAAUUGAGUAGAACAGAGAAUAGAAAUGGAAAGUGGGAGGAUGAAUCGUCCGAUGAUGAUGAGAGAAAAUUGUCAAAGAGAAUUCACGCGCCUGACGUACGCAACGGCAAUCAUUCUGAUAACGUAUCUACUUCGUCGAGUAAUAUAAACUGUCCUAUAUGCAAUAAAUUAUUUCCACACAACGAAAUAGAAAAUCACGCUGCUAAUUGUGAACAAUUCAACACGGAUAACGAAUCGAACGAUAAUAACCAGUUGAAUCUGUUGGAGUGUGAAAUAUGCAAUAAUUACAAGACUCAUAAGAUGGCGGAAUUCGAGGAGCAUAUUGGUCAAUGUAUAGAUAAGAAGAAAAAUAAAAUGUACUCACGUGAGUCUGACGUCGGCGCCGUAUCUACUUCAUCCUUUUGCGCUUUCAAGCCGAUUAGUGAGAAUCAGAAAGAUUCCGAAAUAGAUUAUUUAGGUCAGUUUUCUUCUAACAGUAAGACAAAAGUAUCUAGUGGUAAAAAAAGGAAACGUUACACAUAUCUAUCACCUGCUGAAAUGAAGCUUUUUAUUUGUACAUUGUACAUUUUAUUCUUAAUUGGUGUACAAAGUCAAAUCAUAACCCUAAAUGGUAUAUGGAAUGGAGCCAUUAAUAUCUGUGAUAAAAAACCUUCCCAAGAAUGCAAUAAUGAUAUCAAUUUUAUUGCAACUGUUCCUGGAGGAGUUUAUACAGAUUUAUAUAGAAACAAUAUAAUAGAGGACAAUCUGCUUGGAAGUAAUGAUAUCAACAAUCGUUGGGUCGGAAAUCAAUCGGUGAUUUACACCAGGAAUUUUAGUGUAAGCAGUAAUUUUUUAAAGGCUCGCAAAGUAGUCUUGGUUUUCCACGGAGUCGACACGUUUGCCAAUGUUUUUUUGAACAAUCAUGCGAUCGGCAAAACUUCAAAUAUGUUCUUGAGAUAUAUCUUUGAUGUGACGGAUUAUAUCAAGGAGGGACAAAAUUUACUGAAAGUCGCAUUUCGUUCGGCUGUUAAAGUGGCGGAGGAUUUAUAUAACAAACAGAAAACAGAUUAUGUUGUGCCACCGGUGUGCGUACCCAAGGAAUACAACGGGCAGUGUCAUGUGAAUCACAUUCGCAAAAUGCAAGCCAGCUUUUCGUGGGAUUGGGGUCCCGCGUUUCCUUCGAUUGGCAUUUGGCGGGACGUUGAACUGAUUCCCGUGAAUGAUAUAUUAAUCAAUGACGUUACAACCGACAUACGCAAAGAGAACGACGCUUGGAACAUCUUUGUUACGAUAUUUCUCGAGAUAACGCAGAGUAAAAACAAGGAAUUCGAGAGAAUCAGUUGUCACGUAUCGUCGAUAUUGCAUGUUUCCCAAAGCAGACUUGUCAGCAACACUAGCGAAAUCACACUCGACGCGAAUGAGAAAUAUAGAAGAAUUAACAUUUCACUCACCGUGCCUGCAGAUGCUGUUGAGAAUUGGUGGCCAAACGGUUACGGCGAGCAACACCUGUACGAUUUAACCGCUAUCGUGAUAACGGCAAACGAUGUGUCGCACAAACAGAUCCGCAUAGGCUUUAGAACAGUGGAACUGGUGGAGGAGCCUCUGAUAAAGGGACUGAGCUUUUAUUUCCGUAUAAACGGCGUGCCAAUCUUUGCGAAAGGCAGCAACUUCAUUCCAGCCAGUGUCUUUCCUGAAUUGGGCGCGAAGGAAGAUACCAUCAGGCAUCUGCUGUUGUCCGUCAAGGAGACGCAUAUGAAUAUGCUGAGAGUAUGGGGCGGUGGUGUCUACGAAUCCAAAUUGUUCUACGAUCUAGCCGACGAAUACGGAAUCAUGAUCUGGCAAGAUUUUAUGUUCGCGUGCGCAAUGUAUCCAACGAGCGAUUCCUUCUUGAAGAACGUGGAGGAGGAAGUGCUGCAGAAUGUGAUACGUUUGAAGAACCAUCCGAGCAUCGUGCUCUGGGCUGGCAAUAAUGAGAACGAAGCGGCGCUCUACGGAAAUUGGUACGGCACUGGGUCUGCUCGAGUGUACAGAGACGAUUACGUGAAACUCUACGUGGACUUGUUGAAGAGAGAAGUGGAGAAGCUGGAUCCCGUGAGACCGUUUGUCGUAUCCAGUCCGGGCAACGGGGCGCACGAGGAAACGUAUAACUACACUGGAGCGAAUCCUUACUCCAAUAUUCACGGCGACGUUCACUAUUACAACUAUUUCAGAAAUGGAUGGGACAUCAAUCAGUAUCCUCGGACAAGAUUUUGCUCCGAAUACGGUUUUCAAUCCUGGCCAUCGAUAUACACGAUAUCGACCGCGGUGGAGAGUACGAAGGAUCUUCGCACGGACAGCGAAUUCGUGAAACACCGACAGCAUCAACCGCUCGGCAAUCAAUACAUGUUGCUGCUGAUCUUGCAAAACUUUGCUCUACCGCAAAAUAACAACAGCGUCGAAAAUUUCGCGAAUUACAUAUACCUCAGUCAGAUCAAUCAAGCCGUUUCUCUGCGUGUGCAAACAGAGGCAUACAGGCAGGCCAGAUCCGAAUUGAAUUACAUCGGCGAGGGUAUGACAAUGGGAGCUCUCUAUUGGCAAUUGAACGACGUCUGGCAAGCUCCCUCGUGGUCUUCUAUAGAUAUCGAAGGUCGUUGGAAAAUGCUUCAUUAUUACGCCAAGGAUUUCUUUGCACCCGUUAUCGUCACACCACGCUUAUCCGUCUCCGACGAACUCUCAGUUUAUGUCGUGUCUGAUCUGUUGUAUGUAUUAGCAAAUUGUACAGUCGAAAUUCACGUUUACAAGUGGAGAACCAUAGAACCUGUAUUCGUAAGGUCGUACAAUGAUUUUAUAAUAGAACCCGCAAAAGCCAUGAAAAUUACAUCCUUCUGGCUAAGCGCAUUUUUAGAACAAGCAAACUGUGGCUCAUUGGAGUCUGCCAAAAGAUUUUGCAUAGCUACUUUAUCCCUCACAGAUGCAUCUGGAUCUUUAAUUGCUCCAGUCAAUUACAUCUAUCCUGAUAUAUUAAAGAACAUAGACAUACCAGUAGCCAACGUCACUGUAAAAAUUGAAGAAAAUUACUUACCUGGGAAACUUUCCAAUUAUCCAGAUGUAAAAAUUGUAUUAUCGACAGAUAACAUAGCGCUGUUUGUAUGGUUAGAAGUGGGCAAUAUACGCGGUCGUUUCUCCGAAAAUGGUUUCCACAUGUUUCAGCGGGAGAAAGAAAUUAUCUUCCACGCGCACGAAGCGACCACGGUUGAAUUAUUGCGGAAAAAUAUAAAACUCACUGCAUUGUCCGAUAUUUACAAUACGCAUGAGAAUUUUGAUAACUAUCUUGAGAUAUAAAGAUGGAAAGUUGAUAUUAAUUUAAUCCCACGUGUAAAAUGUUUAAAAUUUUACUACGUAAUUCAUUACAUGUAAAGCAUCGAAUUAAGAGUUAUUGUAUAACCAAGCUUUUUGCAAUAAAAAGUUCUAAUUUUUAAACAGUC